UAACGUUAUUUAUAAAUUAACACCCCCUUUCAAAAUCUUUGCCUUUUGUAUAUGAAAACAUCAGCACCUUUUAUUUCAUUUCACUUGUGUACAUUAAGAGUUACUAAAGCAGUUUUUUUAAUUUCAAUUAAUAAUUGAUUAGCAAAUUUUAGUGUUGAUUAUGAACCUAUUAAAGUUGGAACAGCUCUGUUCAUGUGAGAAUUGAAGUUCAAGUAAUUUCUGGAGAAAUGUUCAAUUCUCAUUCAACAAUCUUAGAUGGGAUCUUGAAAGUUUUACUGAAUGUUUUUAUUUUACUUUUUUAAAAGAAACUCUAAAGGUUUAAGAUGUUAUUUGUCAUAAGAAAAGAUGUUAUUCAUUAUAAAUAAAUAUUUGUUCAGAUUCCUGGGUAGGGACAUUACAAAUGAAAUUGAUUUUUGAUCCCUACUGCUAGUGUAGUAUCAAGAAGUAACUAUGAUAGCAAGUUAGAAUACUGUGAUAAUGGGACCAUUUCCCUGCCAUUGAUUCCCCCCCAACACAUGUGUUCGUUCUCAGAAAGAAUGAUGUUUCCAUCUUUCCUUAUAUUUUCUAGCAUGCUGUACCUAAUAUUAAUACUUGGUUAACUCUGGACUGCUUGUUUGAGUAGCAUAUAGUAUUGUCUAUGUCAGUAAUUUGGUUUUUACUUACCUUUUUUGAUUAAUGGAAUUGCAGCAGAAUUAAUAAAUAUGUAGGCCAUAAAUAUAUCUGAUGAACAAAUACGCUGAAAAUUACUUUUUCAGAAAAUUACUUUUGGAAUCUGAUGAGAUUCACUUUCCUAAUAUAGAUACUCUUUGGAGUAUUAACUUUAUAAAGUUUUGAGUACUGGUAGCUAUAAGAUCUGGGACAGAUCAACCUGGCUCAACUUCAUUUUAUUUUUUAAUUCUUUUAUUUUUAUUUUUUUUUUAAAGAUUUUAUUUAUUUGACAGAGACAGAGAUAGCGAGAGCAGGAACACAAGCAGCGGGAGUGGGAGAGGUAGAGCAGGCUUCCUGCCGAGGAGGGAGCCCAAUGUGGGGCUCGAUCCCAGGAUCCUGGGAUCAUGACCUGAGCCGAAGGCAGACGCUUAACUAAGACUGAGCCACCCAGGCGCCCCUAUUUUUUAAUUCUUUUAAAAAAAUAUUUUAUUUAUUUGAGAGAGAGAGCACAAGAGAACACGAGUGGUGGUGGCGGGCAGAGGGAGAGGGAGAAGUAGACUCCCCAUUGAGCAGGGAGCCUGAAGACCCAGAUCUCUAACCCAGGACCCUGGGACCAUGACCUGAACUGAAGGCAGACACUUACCCAACUGAGCCACCCAGGCGCCCCUCAACUUCAUUUUAUACAUAGCUGGAAGAAUUGAGGCAAAGGAUUAUCUUGGGUCUUUCCUGCUGUGCCAUUUUAGGAGUUAUAAAAUUAAGUGGGUAAAUAUAGCCCCCUAGUGGUUCUGUUCCAUGUUUACACUGUUAGCUGGUGCAUCUAGCAUUUCUCUGAAGUUACUGAUUUUGAAAAAUUAACUUGAAAAGAAUCAGAUUUUAGUAAUAAUACAUGACAAAGAAAAUGGGGGGGAGAAGUGGUAGGGAUAUCAUAUUCUAACAAUUUUCAUGCUAGAUUAUAACCCAUUUGUAUAACUACUUUUUGGGUUAUUACAAGGUGGUCCAGAAUAUUAGAAUUGCUCUGUACCUUACAAGAUGAAUGACUGAAUCCAGAUUCUUUGCUGAGAUAUGCUCUGAUUGUUAUUAUCUGAUAAUUACUUGUGCAUAUCAAAGCAUAGGGUAAAUUAAGUAAGGUGGGCUGUGAAGUAGAUCAUAUAUAUCCAUGCCAUGAAAUAAAAGCUAUUAAUAAGUUAGACUUAGGUUUAUUGGCCUGGAAUUUAUGAUAUGACUUUAGGAGAAAACAAGGUAACAGAAUGAUUUUAUAUAUGCAUAUCUCCCCAUUUUUGCUUAAAAGAAAAAAGAAAGUGGGAGAAACCUCAAAUCCUAGUAUGAAUAUAUGUUUGUAUAAGCAAAGAAAAACAGAGAAGAUACACACCAAAAAAUAUUACUACCUUUAAGGAAGUGAGACUUGGAAGGAUGGAAGGAGAUUACUUCUCUGUUUAUGUCUGAUUAUUCAAAUUGUUAUGGAAAAAGAAACAAAUGGAAAAACUUGAAAGGCUCAGCAGAAAGCAGGGACCUUAAUCUGAAAAGUUUUAGGAGACCAAGUCUUGUUCUUAAUUUCAGAACUGAUUUCCAGCAGCAGUCAGUUAAGUCAGCUCCUGCUGAUUUUGAGUUUGCUUAUUGUUUGAAUGGGAGGUGUGUACUUGAUAAUCUCCUUAGAUACAAGACUGAUGACCCAAUUGUUUAAAAUGUGUGGUGCUUGGUAUUUCUCUUUAUUUUGCUAAUAAGCUUUUUCCUUGUUCUGGGAAUUAAAAUCCUUUCCUCUCCAGCCCAAUUAAGUUUGUUAAGGGAGGGCCUCUAUGAAAAUGCCCUUCUUUGAGGUCUGUAAGUGGAAAUGAUUGGUUCUGAAAAUUCUUUCUUCAUUGGUUCUUAAAAUAUUUCAUAAUUAUUGAAGGCUCAUUAUGAAGGCUGUCUCAAUUUCUUUCCUCCAAAAUGCUAAGGAAUAAUUUAGACAACAGUACAGACUCUAAAAAUGAAGAUGGCUCUGUCUUUUCACAGACUGAACACAAUGUUGUUGCAGCUUACUUGAUCACAGCAGGUAUAAUAAGUAUUUUCAGCAACCUAAUAGUUCUGGGCAUCUUCAUUAAGUACAAGGAACUUCGGACACCCACAAAUGCAAUUAUCAUUAACCUGGCUGUUACUGAUAUAGGGGUCAGUAGCAUUGGAUAUCCCAUGUCUGCAGCUUCAGAUCUGUAUGGAAGCUGGAAAUUUGGAUACGCAGGAUGCCAGAUUUAUGCCGGACUGAAUAUCUUUUUUGGAAUGGCAAGUAUUGGAUUACUCACUGUUGUGGCCAUGGAUCGAUACCUGACCAUCUGUAGUCCGGACAUAGGAAGAAGAAUGACCAGCAACACUUAUAUCCGCAUGAUUCUGGGGGCCUGGCUCAAUGGUCUCUUUUGGGCUUUGAUGCCUAUCAUAGGGUGGGCUAGUUAUGCCCCAGAUCCUACUGGGGCUACUUGUACCAUAAACUGGCGGAAAAAUGAUGCAUCUUUUGUUUCUUUCACGAUGACAGUUAUUGCGGUAAAUUUUAUUGUGCCCUUGACAGUGAUGUUUUACUGCUAUUACCAUGUCACUCGAUCCAUUAAAUGUCAUAUCACUAGUAACUGCACUGAGUACCUCAACAGAGACUGGUCAGAUCAGGUAGAUGUAACCAAGAUGUCUGUGAUAAUGAUACUUAUGUUUCUGGUGGCAUGGUCCCCUUAUUCCAUCGUGUGCUUAUGGGCUUCUUUUGGUGACCCAAAGAAGAUUCCUCCCUCAAUGGCCAUCAUAGCUCCGCUAUUUGCAAAAUCUUCUACAUUCUACAAUCCCUGUAUUUACGUGGUUGCUAACAGAAAAUUUCGGAAGGCAAUGUUUGCCAUGUUCAAAUGUCAGACUCACCAAGCAAUGCCCGUGACGAGUAUUUUACCAAUGGAUGUAUCUCAAAAUCCACUGACUCCUGGAAGAAACUGAAAUAAGAGAAAAAGUACACAGCAUCAAAAUAUCUUAUUUACUUUUUUCCCCAGUGGUUUAGUUUUAUUUUAAAUAUGAUCCUGUUUAGACCAGAUGCAGACAUAGAUUAUUGUUUUAUUAGACCCUGAAUUCCUCAAGUGUAGCUCCGGGUUCUUCUGUUUGUGGGAUGGCUAUUCUAAUGAUUGCUUAUUUCCUUCAUGUAAACUUAACUAUUCAUCUCCUUUGAUGAAUCUAGGCACAUGAGAUUAAGGCCCAUUCUCUUUCUCCCAAUCAUGGCAUUCAUUACACUGCAUCAAUGACCUCGUAACUUGCCUGGACUCUCCAUUAGACUAGAAGUAGCCACUAUUUUAAUGUUAAAAUAAAUUAAUAAUGAUAAUAAUAGUCUUCAAUAAGUAAAUUACUGAAAUGAGUUGUUCCUAGGCAGAUGGAAAACAUUUUUAGCAUUUCACACUUUUAAAAUUGUAAUACAAUUAUUAACUUCUGCUAUUUGACAAAAAUAUUAAACACUGUUGCUUCUAAAUCACAUUAGUUGAUGCACAUACUUUAUAUAGCAAUAUAAUCUCUGUGCAUAUCUUAUGUAUUCUGCAUUUUUAAUUAACAUUUUUCUGUAUAUGUAUUUCCAUGUAUUUGCCACUAGAAUUAAUUUAAUCAAUUUUUUUGUAUAUUUGUUCUCUUUUUCCUGUUUUGUUUGUCUGAAAUUCGUUUUAUUCUGGCAAGAACGCAACAUGUAUCUAUCCUCUUAACCAGCUUUUAAGUGUACAGUACAGUAUUGGUAACUACGUGUACAGCAGAUCUGUAGAACAUAUUGUCUUGCUUAACUGAAACUUUAUGUCCAUUGAUAGCUGUAUGCUUGUUCUUUGAUGUAUCCUUAGCAGAUAGAUGCAUUUUGCCUGGCACAUAGUAGGCACUCAAUAAAAAAAAAUUGUUGAAUGUUGA